AUGUCCCAAUUAGAGAGAAUAAGAAGCUCUCCUAUAUACGAACCAAGAAGAAAUGACCGUGAGCUACUGAUCAGUGGGUCUAGCAGUAUCCACGAUUAUGAUCCUCACAACACAUCCCAGAUCUCCGUGAGCAAAUCGACCAAAGAUGACAAUUAUCUCGCCAGCGUCUCACAAAAACGAGCCUUUUCCCAACCGAUGAUCACUGGUAGUUCUCAACCAGCAUCAAGGUUCAAUUUCAGAAAAACUAGUGCCGACUUUGCUGGGUAUGGCAGCUCGGGACCUAAAGCAGGGAUUCCCAGAAGAAGCACCGCCAUAGGUAGUGGGAGAUACGAUAUUAGCCCCCAGAUAUCGAAGUCUAGUAGCACCAAUGUUUUCAGGGAUAAGAGUUAUACUUUUGAUGAAGGAGCAGAAUUGGGGCCUGCUUUUGAAAGCUACGCGGCGGGAGAUAAUCUUGAUGACUCGAAGCGAGGCAGUAGCGCUUCCAAUAGAGAUUCGUUUUAUUUCCGUGAUUAUUCUGAUUUGGGUAUAGCAACCGGCUCUGCUUUGAAAAAUUCCAAGAAUAAUAAUAAUAAUAAUAAUAAUAGUAAUAACAAUAGCAAUAUUAAUAAUGCCUACGAUACAGAGUAUCCUCGCCAAGUGGAUAAGAUUCCUUCUGUGCAGCCAACGGUGAAUUACCAAGAUAAGUUAUGGACGCAGAUUGACGUUUUGGAUGACGUUAAAAAAAUGUCAAAUGAAGCAAUUGAGAAUAAUUCGUUCUUCACCCCGCAAUAUGAAAACAAUUUGAAAGACUUGAAGAAAACUCAGAUGAAUUUGUUGACUUCGGUUAAGAAGUUGGAGAAAAAAUUGGACAGCAGCUUUGACCAAAAGAAAGUUUGGUUUGAAUUCGAUAUUGAUUUGGACAGGCUCAAAGAAUUGAAGUAUUUAUACAACAAGGACUAUUUUGAGAAUGUGCAAUCUAGUAUUGAAGAUGUGCGGAAGAAAUUAGAUGACGUGAGCCGGUUGAUGAAGACCGAAGAAAAUGAAGAAUGCUCAGAAGCAAUGGGUACAGAAGACAAUACAAAAGAUACUUUACUGAGAGAAAUUAUGGAUAAAUAA